GGUUCGGUCGGGACUGAGCCUGCAGAACCGGGAGGAGCGGUGGAUGGAGAGGACCAGUCCGCACCGAGCGAAGCAUGCCCCAGCGCAGCCAUGACAGGCUCGGCGUCAGACAGCGAGAAGAUCGUCAUCAACUGCGGCGGGAUCCGGCACGAGACCUACAGGAGCACCCUGAAGACCCUGCCGGGCACGCGCCUGUCCUGGCUCACCGAACCGGACGCCUACAGCAACUUCGACUACGACCCGAAAUGUGACGAGUUCUUCUUCGACCGGCACCCGGCCACCUUCGCCUUCAUCCUGAACUACUACCGCACCGGGAAGCUGCACUGUCCGAGCGACGUGUGCGGGCCCCUGUUCGAGGAGGAGCUCGCCUUCUGGGGCAUCGACGAGACGGACGUGGAGGCGUGCUGCUGGAUGAACUACAGGCAGCACCGGGACGCAGAGGAAGCCCUGGACAGCUUCGAGACUCCAGAACCAGAUGCGCCCGAAGACGACCCGGCGCUGACCGGCGGCGCGGACGGAGACCUGAAGCGUCUGUGCGUGCAGGAGGACGGGCGCAGGGCGACGUGGUGGGAGGUGUGGCAGCCCCGCAUGUGGGCUCUGUUCGAGGACCCCUACUCGUCCAAAUACGCCCGGUAUGUGGCAUUUGGCUCACUCUUCUUCAUUCUCCUUUCCAUCUCUACCUUCUGCCUGGAGACACAUGAGGUCUUCAAUACUAUCUACAACAAAACGGAGAAUGUUACUGUUGGGAAUGUAACACGUGAGGAGAUAGUGUAUGAAGUUGUUACAGAUGGCUGGCUGACAUAUGUGGAGGGCGUCUGUGUCAUCUGGUUCACCAUUGAGGUGAUGCUGCGUGUCAUCUUUUGCCCUGACAAGGCAGAGUUCUUCCGCAGUGCCCUUAACAUCAUAGACUUUGUGGCUAUUGUGCCCUUUUAUCUAGAGGUGGCUCUCAGUGGCCUCUCCUCUAAAACAGCCAAAGAUGUGUUGAGCUUCCUGCGUGUAGUGCGCUUUGUCCGUAUCUUGCGUAUAUUCAAGCUGACCCGACAUUUUGUUGGUUUACGAGUCCUUGGCCACACCUUGAGGGCGAGCACCAAUGAGUUCUUGCUGCUAAUUAUAUUCUUGGCACUGGGUGUCCUGAUCUUUGCUACCAUGAUCUACUAUGCUGAACGUAUUGGAGCUGACCCAGACGAUCCAACAGCUGCAGCCCACACUAACUUUAAGAACAUCCCCAUUGGCUUCUGGUGGGCUGUUGUGACCAUGACCACUCUGGGAUAUGGAGAUAUGUACCCUGAGACAUGGUCAGGAAUGCUGGUGGGGGCCCUCUGUGCCUUGGCAGGUGUUUUGACUAUUGCCAUGCCUGUGCCCGUCAUUGUGAACAACUUUGGUAUGUACUAUUCCCUGGCCAUGGCUAAGCAAAAGCUCCCCAAGAAAAGGAAUAAGCACAUCCCGAGAGCACCACAGCCAGGAAGCCCUAACUAUUGCAAGCCAGAUGCUCUGGCCAUUGCAACAGCCUCUCCAGACAGACUACUGGGCAAUGUGCUUGGGCCAGGCAUCGUGGGAUCCGGCAGCAUGAUUGGUACUGGAGACUGUCCGCUGGCGCAAGAAGAGAUCAUCGAGAUAAACAGGGCAGACUCUAAGCCGAAUGGUGACGCAGCAGCAAGUGCAGCAGCUUUAGCCAACGAAGACUGCCCCACCAUUGACCAAGUUCUUGGGGAUGAGCGCAGCCCAGCCACCGGAGGUCUUGGCUCCAACACCAGCCGCGAGCGGUAUCCACACGACCGGGCCUGCUUUUUGCUGAGUGCAGGAGAGUUUCAACGCACUGUAGAUGGGAAUGUUCGAAAAGUUGGAGGCACUAUGAACGGCUACUGGAGCGACAGCCCGUGGUAGAAGAAGAGCAGACGCCAAGUGUCCGAGAAGAAGAAGAAGAAGUGAGAGAACACAAGAAGAAGAACAAACAAAUGAGACAUCACAGUUUGAUCUGUGGCCAGACUUGCAUCUACCUCUGUACGAAGAUGCACACAUGAACAUGAAUGCACCAUCCUUUACUUUUGCUCGUUAAAAAGAAAAAAGAAAAAAAACAUGACAGAAGUAUUUCCCUUUACCUCUGAUGUUAAAUAUUUUGUGUUUCAUAUU